AUGGAGAAGGUCUUAUUCGCAGUCGUGAUGGCAAGUAGGAAAUUGAAACCGUACUUCCAAUCCCACCAGAUCACCGUCCGAAUCAGCCAACCUUUGAAAAAGAUUCUGGAAGGGAAGAACAAAUCAAGCCGCGUCGCGGACUGGGCUAAUCAACUAGCAGAUUUUGGCAUUGAAUACGAGCCACGAACGGCAAUCAAAGCCCAAGCCCUGGCUGACUUCAUUGCUGAAAGUACCAUCCCUCAUCAUCCCGAAGCCAAUCAAGAAUGGAAGUUGUAUGUAAAUGGGUCCUCCACGCAAUCAGCAAGCGGAGCAGGACUUCUAAUUGUAUCUUCCGCCGGGGUUCGCAUAGAAAGAGCAGUCAAAUUCGAGUUUGCGGCAUCUAAUAAUGAGGCAGAAUAUGAAGCACUACUCUUGGGGCUUAAAAUAUGCCAUGAAGCCGGGGCUAAAUCCUUAUCCACCUUUUCCAACUCCCAAUUGAUAGUCAGGCAAGUGAACGGGGAAUUCGAGGCCAAAGAUGAAAGCAUGAAGAUGUAUUUACAGGAAGUACGAGAAUUUAUCAAGAAGUUUGACAAAUUCACAUUGGUUCACAUCCGAAGGUCCCAAAACGCACAAGCCGACUCCCUGGCAAAACUCGUCAGCUCAGCUGAAACAUUCGCGGCUCGUGAUAUCAUCUGGGAGGUGCUUCCUAACCCCAGCAUUAACUUCAUGGUCGAUACCAUCGACAGAUCAGAGACGUGGAUGGAACCAUACAUUAAAUACUUGCAAAAUCAGACGCUUCCCCAAGAUGAGGGUGAAGCAAAAAUACUCCAAAAAAGGGUCGGAUGGUUCAAACUCCACGAAAGAACGCUUUACAAAAAAUCAUAUACACAUCCCCUUUUGAAGUGUGUUUCUCCUGAAGAAGGAAACUACAUCCUUCGCGAAAUACACGAAGGCGGAUAUGGAAUACACCAAGGAGUACGAACUGUAAUUGGCAAAGUCCUUAGAAGUGGAUACUACUGGCCCUCUCUCAAAGGUGAUGCUGAAGCACUGAUCAAGCGAUUUCCCCAAUGCCAGUAUCAUUCAAAGAUAGGAAGAUAA